AUGAUUAAUGGUCAGACUACUACUGAUGCAUUAACGACAGCGACCAGUUCAACUGGUACUACUGGUACUACUACAACCAAACCAACUACAUCAUCAUCAUCAUCAACAACGACAUCUGGUACUACAACAACCAAACCAACUACUUCAUCAUCGACAUCAUCGACCACCAAGAGUUCGACCACCAAGAGCCCAACCACUGCAGUACCAACCGAUUCAUCAGAUGAUACCCCAGCCACCACUACGGGAGCCAGCACCUCUGGAACUACCAAACCAUCAGACUCGUCAGUUGACAGUACCGAACCUGAAAAGGUAGACUGUCUUCCCGAGGUCGUUGGUCUGUCAGGUGCCAUCCCAAUGAAAGAAUCCACCGAUUACAAGCCAUUCCCAGGUUGUGAGGUUUCUAUUGAUAACCUUGACGAUGCAGCUGAUGGUGGCAAAGAACUACGAAUUGAUCCAUGUGAAACAUGCACCAAGAAAUACUUUUGUUCAGCCCUCACUGUUGGCUCUGAAGUUAGUUUUGGAACACAUCAAUUUAUGGUACGUGGCACCAAGAGCAAGUACACCAGCACCAAGAUUUCCUUGGUCUCGGGUAGCGGUGUUUCGGCCUAUGAAAUGUUCUUUAUGAUCAAUAACUCAACCGACUUGAGAAUGGGAUACGUCUAUCCCAACGCCAACAGCGAGCAACAGCAGCAGGUGGUGCGCAAGACCAUGACAACCGAUCUCACCUCGUACAUGACCAACUACACGAUUGAGUGGGCCGAGAACCAGGUCGACUUUUUCGUCAACAACCUGUUGGUGCACCGCGUCGGCUAUACUCGCAAAACUGCUCCAACUACCGUGCCGAGUGGGUCUACAACGACACAUUCGACGAGAACUGGACCGACAAGUCGACCAGUCUCCGUUACGUCAACUACACCAAAGCAUACCACCGUGGUCAGAACGGCUUCUUUUUCAACCUCGACAAGGACACGAUCAUCUACUUUGAGAGAGACGGUGGCUUUGCCAAGAAGCAGUUCAAGUACCUCAGUUUCUGGAUGA